AUGAAGGGAAUCAUUGCAGCUCUGGUAGCUGCGCCUCUGGCCGCCGGUUCGCCAUUAUUCAUUGAUACGAUUCACAGCGAGGCUGCUCCCAUCGUCUCCAGUGUCAACUCGGAGCACGUUCCUGACUCAUACAUCGUCGUCUUCAAGGACCACGUUUCGAAGGCUGCAGCAGAGGCUCAUCACGCCUGGGUGCAAGACAUCCAUGAAACAGGCCAUAAUGAGCGGCUAGAGCUCCGAAAGCGAGGUUUACUCGACGACAUAGUGGCAUACUCUGGCCUCGGGCAUGUCUAUCAUAUGCCAGGCAAGCUCCUGGGCUAUUCAGGCCACUUCGACCCGGCGACCAUCGAGCAAGUUCGGGCCUCGCCAGACGUCGAGUACAUAGAGCUGGACUCGGUCGUGACUGUCCAGAAAGACACCCCUGAGCUCGAAAAGAACGCGCCUUGGGGUCUUGCUCGGAUAAGUCAUCGUGAAGCUCUUGGAUUCGGCACUUUUAACAAAUACCUGUACUCCGAGGAUGGCGGCGAGGGCGUCGAUGCCUACGUCAUUGACACCGGCACCAACGUCGACCAUGUCGAUUUCGAAGGCCGUGCCAAGUGGGGAAAAACCAUUCCUCCCGGAGAUGAGGAUGCCGACGGCAAUGGACACGGCACUCAUUGCUCUGGCACUGUCGCUGGCAAGAAAUUUGGUGUCGCAAAGAAGGCCAAUGUCUACGCUGUCAAGGUCCUGAAAUCGAACGGUAGUGGCACCAUGGCCGACGUUGUCAAGGGUGUCGAGUGGGCUGCAACUGCUCACACUGAUACUGUCAGCGCCGCCAAGAAGGGCAAGAAGAAGGGCUUCAAGGGCUCCGUCGCAAACAUGUCUCUCGGUGGUGGAAAGUCCCGCACUCUCGAUCUCGCUGUCAACGCUGCGGUUGAUGUCGGUCUUCACUUCGCUGUCGCCGCCGGCAACGACAAUGCCGAUGCUUGCAAGUACUCCCCAGCUGCUGCUGAGAACGCCGUCACCGUCGGUGCCUCAACUCUGGCUGAUGAGCGUGCCUACUUCUCCAACUUCGGCGAGUGCACCGACAUCUUCGCGCCCGGUCUCAACAUUCUGUCCACAUGGGUUGGUUCAAAGUACGCCACGAACAUCAUCAGCGGUACCUCGAUGGCUUCCCCUCACAUCUGUGGCCUGUUGGCAUACCUGCUCUCUCUGCAGCCAGCCUCUGACUCAGCUUACGCGGUUGCCGAGAUCACUCCCAAACGGCUCAAGGCCGACAUCAUUGCUAUUAGCACCCGAAAUGCUCUCUCGGACAUUCCCUCCGAUACCCCCAACAUCCUCGCUUGGAACGGUGGUGGCAAGACCAACUACUCUUCUAUCAUCGAGGAAGGUGGAUACCGUGUUACUCGCGCGGAGGGUCUCGAACUCGAGCGCCUGCGCGUUGAGUAA